AUGACUAAUCUCAGAGUUGUCAAAUUCUACUCUCCUUGGCAUGUGAGAUCCUGUAAUGUGCACCAUCCAACAAGUUUUGAGUCAUUCUCUGACGAAUCAGGGAGCCUAGAGUGGAAUGGAUACCCAUUCAAAUCUUUACCAUUAAAUUUUUAUCCUGAGAAACUUGUUGAGCAUUCUAUGCCAAACAGUCAUGUUAUGAAACUUUGGAGACCAGUGCAGGAUUAUGUGAAUUCUAAGAGGAUAAGCCUUGGCAGAUCAAAACAGUCCAUGGACUUGCUUGAUUUCUCAAAGGCACAGGAAAUAGAGUGGGAGGGUAUUUGUUUUUGCGAAAGUUUCUGUAACGUUGAUCCACACAUAUUAUCUCUUUCCAUGACUGUUGCCUUGAAUUUUGUCCGCUCCAAAUAUUCAAAGACUCUUCACAGUGAGGGUAAUUUUAGAUCCCUUAGAAACUUUGAUGUCAGUUUCUGCUUUAGCGUGAAGGAAUUUUCAUUGUCAUCAAAGGAAAUAUCAGAUUUGGAUUUGUUAACUUCAAAUUCCAAAAUACUGUACUCAUCAAUUGGGAGUCUCAGUGAGCUACGAAGGAUCAUACUAGGUGGUUCAAGACUAGAGAUUCUUCCCAUAAACGAGUUAUGUUGCCUGAGAUCUUUUGAAGAGCGUAAUCUUUCUGAUUGCAGACAAAUGAAUCAAAGCCCAAAGCUUCAUGUCCUAUUCGAUGCCUUAUUUGAUUUACAAGAGCUAUUUAUGGCUGGAUGCAGUGACUUCUUUGAAGUCCCUGAUAUUAUUGGCACUUAUUCAUCAUUAAAGUAUUUGGGACUGAAAGGAAGUUGUAUUGAUAGCUUACCUGCUAGCAUUAAAAAUCUUCCAUUGCUUAAAGCAAUUUACCUGAGGAAUUGCAGGAGGCUUCUAUCUAUACCACAACUUCCGCCAUCAAUUAUGCAUCUAGAUGCAACUAACUGCACAUCACUGGAGAAUAUAUUCACUAUAACUACAUCUGCACCACAGCAGGAUGACAUUUUGUCAUAUUUCUUUUUGUUUGUGAAUUGUUUGAAAUUGGAUGAGCAUUCACUUUGCAAUAUAAUGGACAAUGCUUACCUCUCGUUGAAGCGAGCAGUUCUUAACAAUUUAGAAGCAAGUGUUUUUUGUUAUCCGAGUAACAGAGCUCCAGAGUGGUUCAGAUGUAAUCAAACAAGAGGGGCUUCCAUGUCUAUGCAGCUUUCACCAGCUGUUGAUGAAUUGUUGGGUUUCGUUUUCUGCACUGUUCUGCCCCAGUUCACCCCAAAUGAAAUAUGUCCAACUUACGUGAAAUGCUCAUGUUGCUUUGAAGAUGUACUGUAUACACAUUGUAGAAGGGGUUAA